GGCACAUGUAUCCUGUCAUAUGGGCUCCCGGCUAGCCGUGGAGUCUGAAGCACCCUGGGAAGGCGGAGGAAGGUGGGAAUGGGGACCCCUGGGGGGAAGCGAGUGCUGGGCCGUGUGUGCACAUCUUCGGCUCACAGCAGGCUUCAUCCACGGCCGGGUCGUGGUAUGGCUCUGCACCCAGGCGUCCAGCGGUGUGCACGGCGCUCACAGAUGCUCAGGAGCAGAUGGAGUGUGGACGUGGGACGUGGUGGUUGCUGCUUAGACCGCGAGAAGAAAGGGCAGGGGGGUUGGGGAGUGGUGAGGGGCAGGGUCUCCUUUCCUAUGGGGUCUGGGCAGGUCCCUCUGCCCAGUGACUGCUGAGAACAGCUGCGUGGGGCAGCAGGUGGCUCCUGAGGUCCGUGGGCUGGUGGGGCACAGGCUGGGACACGGGGCUGCAGGGGCGUGGGAGGCCCAUCACGGCUGUGUUUGGGCCUGAGUCUGUGUCCCUGUGGUGCGUCUGCACUGCAGUCGGAGUUGUGGCUCCUGCAGGGGGCCAUGAGGGGCCCGGCCCACAGAGCCCAGCGUCACCCUAGAGCAGACCGUCCUGUGGGGCCUUGCCUGGCCAUGCUGUGAAGGAGGUCGUAAAUGAGGCCGGUGCCUGUUCCCGAGGGCUGUCCCAGCUGACCUGGGCUACCUGAGCAGGUCAGUCCCGUGUCUGCGCCCGCGUGUCCUCCUUGUCACUGAGGAGGGGCUGAGUCGCACCUCCUAGGCACGUGGGGGCUGAGCACAGGAGCAAGGCGCUCUGUGGAUUGAGUGUCCGUCCUGUCCUCGGUGCUCUGGCCACCGCUGUUGGUGAUGAUGCUGGGGUGGUGCCCUCCUCCGAGGGGGAGAGGUCACUACUUCACCGAGAGGAGCCAUGGGUUAGAGACAGGUGCUCACAGGUGAGGGCUGGGAGCCUGGGGCUGCCACCCCCUGGACCCAGGCUGGAGGGGCAGGCUCUGCCCCAUGGCGGCAAAGCACUCCAUCCAGGGUGUCCUUGCUGGGUUGCAGGCGUCUACUGUUGGCUACUCAGGAUGAACAAAAAUCUCUGGGGUGUGCCCUUGGAGGAGGAGAGCACUGGGACACCCCCAGACCUGGUCCCUUCCUCACUGCAUACAGGCAGAGGCUGGAGUCCUGCCUGACAUCUUAGGGGGCCCACGGCUUAGGCAGGCCAACCUGGAUUCCGCCAUGGGGCUUGCGCGGGGCUGGAGAGCGCUGAGGCAGGGCCCUGACCACGGCCAGCAGCUGAGCCCUAGUUCUCUGGUCCUCAGUGGCUGCUGGAUCUCAGAGCCCUAGGGUUGAGGCCAUCCUCCAUUUACAGGUGGGGAGACCGAGGCUUGCAGCCAGGAGGUGACGUUUGAGCAGAGACCCGACUUCGAGCGGGGGCAAGCCAGGAUUACAUCUGCCCCAGAUGCGAGUCUGGCUUUAUCGAGGAGCUUCCGGAAGAAACCAGGAGUACAGAAAAUGGGUCUGCCCCCUCCACGGCCCCCCCAGACCAGAGCAGGCCGUCAUUUGAGAACGUGGACCAGCACCUGUUCACGCUGCCGCAGGGCUACGGCCAGUUUGCUUUCGGCAUCUUUGACGACAGCUUCGAGAUCCCCACGUUCCCCCCCGGGGUGCAGGCCGAUGAGGGCAGGGACCCUGAGAGCCGGCGGGAGAGAGAGCAGCACUCCCGGCACCGGUAUGGCGCCCGGCAGCCCCGCGCCCGCCUCACUGCACGGCGGGCUACCGGCCGGCACGAAGGCGUCCCCACGCUGGAAGGGAUCAUCCAGCAGCUGGUUAACGGCAUCAUCACCCCGGCCAGCAUCCCCAGCCUGGGCCUGGGCCCUUGGGGCGUCCUGCACUCAAACCCGAUGGACUACGCCUGGGGGGCCAACGGCCUGGAUGCCAUCAUCACGCAGCUCCUCAAUCAGUUUGAAAACACAGGCCCCCCGCCUGCAGACAAAGAGAAGAUCCAGGCCCUCCCCACCGUCCCCGUCACUGAGGAACAUGCUCCGGGCUGGAGUGCCCCGUGUGCAAGGACGACUACGGGUUGGGGGAGCGGGUGCGGCAGCUGCCCUGCAGUCAUCUCUUCCACGACGGCUGCAUCGUGCCCUGGCUGCAGCAGCACGACAGCUGCCCUGUGUGCCGGAAAAGUCUCACGGGACAGAACACGGCCACCAACCCCCCAGGCCUGACCGGCGUGAGCUUCUCGUCGUCCUCGUCCUCCUCGUCCUCCAGCUCGCCGAGCAACGAAAACCCAGCCGGCAACUGCUGAGCCCCCGCCUCCCUCCGGCGGCCCCCACAGUGAGCACAGGACCCCACCCACACCGGGCCCUGUGGGGCGGUGGGCGGGGGGCACCACGGAGCCGGAGCCUGGAGUUGCCCCAUCUGCCUUGGCUCCCACACCGCCCCCCCCCCCGCCGUGGGCAGAGACUCGGAGGACCGCCGCCUCCAGGCUGGCAUCUGGCACAGGGGCCUGGGCACACGGCACCCCUGGGGGCGUCCCCAGCUCCCCUACCCAUCUGUCUCUAACCUCACCCUCCACACAGCAGCGGCGGAAAGGUUUUUAUAAUUUUAAAUUAUUACCGCUUUGAAAUAAACGGACGUUUGAGCUCACA